UGUCUGGGUAAUGCCCAGUGUCAACGUCCCAGGUGUGAAGAGCUUUCUGACAAACAACCUGAACUGCAGGUCAAAACCUUUCGAUCUCAGCCGGCUGCUCAGUUCAGACAGUCAGUUCAAAAGAAAAUCAGCAGCAGCUCAGAACAAGAAGAAGAAAAGGAAGAAGUAGUUCUCUGUGAUGUCUGCGAUGAAACCAAACUGAAGGCCUUGAAGUCCUGCCUGGUGUGUCUGACUUCAUACUGUGAGACUCACCUGGAGCUUCACCAGAAAAUCACAGUUAUGACAAGACAUAAGCUGAUUGAUCCUGUGAAGAACCUAAAAGACAGAAUGUGUAAGAAGCAUGAUCGACCUCUGGAGCUGUUCUGCAAGACUGACCAGAUAUGUGUGUGUCAGUCCUGUGCUGAGUCAGAUCACAAGCUUCAUCACAUCGUUCCUAUGAUAGAGGAAUAUGAAGGGAAGAAGGCUGAGCUGGGAAAGACAGAGACUGAUGUUCAGCAGAUGAUUGAAGAGAGACGACUGAAGAUUCAGCAGAUCAAACAGUCAGUAAAGUUCAGCAAGGAAGAUGCAGACAGAGAGACAGCAGCCAAUGUGCAGGUCUUCACUGAUCUGAUCCAGUUUGUGGAGAUAAGUCUGGCUGAGCUUAUUAUGAUGAUUAAAGAGAAGCACAAAACAACAGAGAAACAGGCUGAAGGUUUCAUCAAAGAGCUGGAAGAGGAAAUCUCUGAGCUGAUGAAGAGAUGUGCUGAAGUGGAGCAGCUCUUACGUACUGAAGACCACCUCCAGUUCCUCCAAAGCUUCUCAUCCCUGAACCCUGCUCCAUCCACCAAAGACUGGACAGACGUCAGAGUUCAGUCAUCAUAUGAGGAGACUGUGAGGAGAGCUGUGGCUCAGCUGAAGGACACACUCAGUAAGGAGCUGGAGAAGCUGCGUGUUCAUUUUGAGCUGAGGAGGGUCCAGCAGUAUGCAGUGGAUGUGACUCUUGAUCCUGAUACAGCACAUCCUUAUCUCAUCCUGUCUGAUGAUGGGAAACAAGUCAGUCAUGGUGAUGUAAAACAGAUUCUUCCAGACAACCCAGAGAGAUUUUCCUCAGCUUUAGGUGUGUUAGGAAAGCAGCGUAUGUCUUCAGGAAGAUUUUACUUUGAGGUUCAAGUUAAAGAGAAGACUGGCUGGAUUUUAGGAGUGUCCAGAGAGUCAAUAAACAGGAAGGGCUACUUUAUAUUGUCCCCUGAAAAUGGCCAUUGGACUGUGGGCUUAAUGAAGGGAAAUGAGUACAAAGCUCUUGCUGGUCCAUCAGUCUGUCUCCCUCUGAGGUCAAAGCCUGAGAAGGUGGGGGUGUUUGUGGAUUAUGAGGAGGGUCUGGUCUCCUUCUAUGAUGUCGAUGCUGUAGCUCUCAUGUAUUCCUUUACCGACUGCACCUUCACUGAGAAACUCUGCCCAUAUUUCAAUCCCUCUCAUAAUUCUGACGGUGAAAACUCCCCCCCUCUAAUCAUCUGUCCUGUCAGUAACACAAGUUAGACUCAUCAUUUCGUUUCCAAAGAAAGUGUGCCCUGUCACUCUAGUUAAUGUGGUUAUUGGUAUAUUCUAAACAACCUCUUAUUUUUAUGUAUCCAGUUAAUACAGUUGGCAGAAAAAUAUUAAUCACUGAAGUUAAAUCUCAUGUCUCCUUAUGUAAUUAUGUUGAUGGAGAUUAAUUAUACACACAUCAAGUAGGUGCAAGGCUAUCAGGAAACAGCAUCAAUGAAAAAGGUAACACCUGCACACUUACUCCAGGCCACAAAAGUUUAAUAAUGACGUUUCGAUCCUACUUAGAUCUUUGUCAGGUCAGAGUGUUUAAAAAAUGGAAAACACAACCAUAUUUAUACAUCAUGCACACCAAUAGGCUGACAAGCUCUAUGAUGGCAAGUGUGCUUAAACAUCCAAAAACAAUGAACAAUUCAAUAAAGUACAUAGAAGAAGCAGUGAUACAAAAACCAUACUUCAAAAUAUCAAACAUACAUCUUAAUAGUGCUGUCUAGUCUUUCUCUAUAAUCCAAUUCAAAUUUCAUCCCUUAUUAUUUUAAUAUUUGAAUUUUUAAUGCUCAAAUUUAGCCUAUUAUUAAUAUUUACUAUGUACCUAUACACUGUAUACACAGGCUUAUGCAUUGCCAAUGCCACUAUCAGCAGGUGGUUGUUAUACAUUCUGUCCACUAGAGGUCAUUCCAACAUUACCAAUAAAUAGGUGAUAGCUUUCUUGCUAAGUAACAAUUAAGCUUAGGCACAAAAUGAAUCAUGUUAAUCAAAAUAUUAAAUAAGCUUUCAUCAUAUAUAUAUUCAUAGUAAUUAAACUACACAUUUAACUGAAAUAUAUAUAAAUCCACGUCAGCAUGCGCUUGUUUACAUCAAUACGUGACAUGUUAUUUUGGGUCAGGAUGCAGUGCAAGUCUAAAUGAUAGUGUGAGUAAGAGCUGUGUGUCCAAACCCUGCACUGCAGUUGCAGCACUGAUCAUUCAGGCUCAAGUCUUUUACUGUGGGCCUGCUUUUGUUUCAUUUUUACGUUUGUGGACAGAAAUCCAAACACUUUCCACACAUCGCUUCUUAAAUGGUCAGGAGUGGUGAUCUCCCUGAGUGCAUCGCUUCCUGCCAUUUCUGAUAUUGUGACAUUACGUUAGCACAAUGAAUGUGAGAUUGUGAUUCAGUCAGACUCAGAAAACGUUAUUGUUCAUCAGUAGCAGGGUUUUCACUAGUGUAUUGCAAGCCUGGCUGCCAGGCCUGAGUUGACCCCCACCAGGCCUGAGCAUCAGGGAUGUUUUAAAAAAAUGUAUUUUAAGAUGUUUUUUUAAACUAAAAUGUGUUGUACAAGUAGAAUAGCUCCUCUAAGGAAUAGCUCAGUGCAUAGCGAGUGUGUGGUCUAGAGAGAGAGAGAGAGAGAGAGAGAUAGAGAGAUAGAGAGAGA